CUGCUUCUGUCCCGCCCACGCCGCCCGCCCGGUCCGCGUGCGGGUCACAUGCCCAUCGAAGAUGGCGGCAGUGAGGGUGGUGGCGGCGGUGCUGCUGUCGGUGAUUUCGCUGCGCCGCGCGGCCGCCGCCGUCCCGCUGGUUCUCUGGCACGGCAUGGGAGACAGCUGCUGCAACCCGCGGAGCAUGGGCUACAUCAGGAAAAUAGUGGAGGACAGAGUGCCAGGCAUCUACGUGCUGUCCCUCAGGAUCGGGAGCAACCUGAUCCAGGACAUGGAGAACAGUUUCUUCAUGAACGCGAAUGAUCAAGUGAGAGAAGUGUGCAGCCAGCUAGCAAAGGACCCUCGCCUCAAGGGAGGCUACAACGCGAUGGGCUUCUCCCAGGGAGGCCAGUUCCUGAGGGCGGUGGCCCAGAGGUGCCCUUCUCCUCCCAUGCUCAAUCUGAUCUCCAUUGGUGGGCAGCACCAAGGUGUGUACGGCUUUCCACGCUGUCCUGGUGAGAGCUCCCAUAUCUGUGACUGGAUCCGGAAGACACUGGAUGUGGGCGCCUACACGCAAGCUGUUCAGGAGCACUUGGUGCAAGCAGAGUAUUGGCACGACCCACUGAAGGAGGAGGAUUACAGAAAGAACAGCAUCUUUUUGGCUGACAUCAAUCAGGAGCGGGGAAUCAAUGAGACAUACAAGAAGAACCUGAAAGCUCUGAAAAAGUUUGUGAUGGUGAAAUUUCUCAAUGACACGAUGGUGGACCCCCCGAUUUCCGAGUGGUUUGGGUUUUACAAAAGCGGCCAAGCCAAGGAGACCAUUCCACUGUGGGAGACCUCGCUGUACACAGAGGAUCGCCUGGGGCUGCAGGACAUGGACAAAGCAGGGAAACUGGUGUUCCUGGGGGUGGAAGGGGAUCACCUGCAGUUCUCUGAAGAGUGGUUUUACACCACCAUUCUCCCCUUCCUCCAGUCAAGCUAAGUGGGAGCCCUCAGGAGGGGCAGCAGCUGCUAUCAUGCAACAGCACUUUGUGCAUGUAAUACAAGCCUGCAUCAUCUGGGGAAGGGGAAGAGGGGGAUUAGCUCAGCAGUUUCACCAGCUGUCAGAGACUAGGAUUUGUCUGGACACGACCACGUUCUGAUAUGGGUGGACCAAGCCUCGCACUAUCUCUGAAGUUCUCUGCCCUGUAAGGCUAUGGCGUUCCCUGAGCUGUGGCUGGGCUGCUCACCCGGUGAUGGUGAAACCAUGAGCUGCUCCAGAGGUUUGGUUUCCUCAUGCCUGUUCCUCGCAGGACGCAGUGGCAGUAUUAACCAACAUCACUGGCAUAGGAAUGCUGUAGCUCCUAAGGGGAUCAUCACAUAGAGUUGCAUGGCCGUAUGCAGAGGAAAGGUAUUAAAACCUGUCCUUCUAGAUGGGGGAAAAGGGCCAAAUUUAGGGGUUUCUGGGGAAAAAAUGAGGGGUUUGAACUAAGUGGGUAUUAACAGCUUGAAAAGUUUUUGACUAAUGGCUUGUUUAAUGCACUUUUGUACAGCAACUAAAAUCAAUAAAUAUUUUUACGUCUAACCACCUAAAAAAAGAG